GAUUUCCUUAUAUGAACUGUAGCUCAGCAAAAUCUUUGAAAUGGUUGCAUGUUGCGUUUAUAUUUGUGUUCAGUAUAGUUACCAAAAACAACAAAUGGAAUAUCAAGAAUCUCAUUGAUGAUAUUUAUUGAUGCAAGGUUCUACACAGUAUUUGUAACGUUUUUUUCAUUCAGAUAAACAGACCAAAGUUGUCAGAAAGGGAACGAUUUUUCACUGCUUUUUUAUGGCCAAAAAACCUUUGCUGUAUGUGCCUCUUCGUUUUGUGUCCUGCCGUUGUUCAACCAAAGCUUGUAUUUGUGUUGAUGUAUGCCAAGAUACGCCCUUAACUAAAGUCCCGCUAGGCCUAAUUAAAGACAAGUUAAUGAAGUUUAUUAAUUAAUUUGGUGCCUUAAUUUUGAAAUACAAAAGACUACAAACCCCACAGAUAAAAACGGCCUUAAUUUGUUGGUUUUCUCAGUACGUUUCCUGCUUUAAUGCUCCUCUUGUCAGCCAAAGUGAUGUAUCUACUGCAACUAAAGAUUGUGUGUUAGUAAUGUGAGAACACCAAUAGGGCGGCAGGUAGUUUAGUGGGUAAGAGCUUUGUGCCAGUAACCGAAAGGUCGCUGGUUCUAAUCCCCGAGCCGACUAGGUGAAAAGUCUGUCGAUGUGCCCUUAAGCAAGGCACUUAACCCUAGGCCUAAUUAUACAUACAUUCUGGAUAUAUCAUUUGGUGAAGUGAACCAGUCACAGGCGCUCUGGUCGCUCUGGAUAAGAGCGUCUGCUAAAUGACUAAAAUGUAAAUGUAAAUGUAAUAGCCUCAUGCUGUACGUAGAGUAUGAGUUAAUUGGUUGUAUUACAUGUGUCUGGUAGGACACCUAGUGAACCUUCUGGGUACUACGUGCAUUUGCAGUCCAUCCAUGUUGAUGUAGGGCCUGUGACUGGUUCACUUCACCAAAUGAUAUAUCCAGAAUAUAGUUUGUAAAAUUUUUUAUUGUUUUAUAUGUUUAUUUAUGUCUAAUUUGGGACACUUAUAAAGCACACAUGAGGGCCUCUGCUUCUCUUCAAGCUCCUAAUGAUAAUCAUGUGAGGGUCGACGAUGGGCAAAUUUGUAUAAUAUUAAAUUAUUUGUUAUGUAUUUUCCCUGUGCCUACAAUUGCAGUGCAGGCAUACUAUUCUUGUAAAUCAUAAUAUUAGCAGCAAUCAUUGUUUUUUACAGUAUACUUUCAGCUGUCAGUAGUCAGCUUGUUUCUGUCUCUUUGUUAGAGAUCAAUAUGAUGUAUGAGUUAGAAUUGACCAAAAUCUGCUAUUUUUGCAUUAGUCUUGAACAUAGGCUUAUAAUGGUUGUUUUAUUGUUUUUUUUUUAUGUAAAAUUAAUUGCUUUCCAAAUGCUGUGUGUAGGUUAUAACUAUUCCAAAGUUUACUAAGAAUUAAACUGUUUGGUUCUUAGUCCUAUUGUGUAAUGUUGCCAAGCAACUAACUGAACGAAGGCGUGCUCCCCAUCCACCAGCAAUUGGUCAUUUACAUACAUACACAGUAUCAUACAUGAAACAAUGACAUUCUGACGCCACACGGGGGCGGGACUAAACCCUCCAGGGAGUCCGCGAGUACCAGUCUCGAGCCCCACGCAGCCUCCGUGUCCGAGAUAUAAUAAUAGCAUCAUUGAGUUUGGUGUAGAGACAGCGAAUAGACCGUAUGAAAAGAGGAAGACGAGCAUUAUUUAUUAACCUGUGAGCUCAUUUACUGGAAUAUUUCGUUGAUGUAUCGUUAUUCAUUCUUUAUGGAUAUAAAAUAGGGACAAACCAUCUUUAUAUUCUUUAAUUUUCCCUUUUUAUCUGGGCGGCCAGUAAAGCGUCCUGCGCUUUCCAAAAUGGCUGAGAUUACAGAAUUACGACCUGCAUAUGACAUGUCACCGGUGCUGGCCGGAUUUAUCGGUGCGGCGGCUCUGGUGGUUGCUGUGGUGAUCCUGGUUCUCCUGUGGUCCUUCUGCCAGCGUCGCCACCUCCUGGUGACGGGCCGCUACAAGCUCCAUGGCGACCAGUACUGUGACUCGGCUGAAGACCCGCCCUACAAGUUCAUCCACAUGCUGAAGGGCAUCAGUAUCUACCCAGAGUCCCUCAGCAGCAGCAAGAGGAUAGUACGGGUGGCCAGGCGCGCUGGGUGGCAAGGGGAGAGUGACAGAGAGAGGGGUGGCGGCCGCGGGAUGGUCCUGGUGGAUGCUGAGAACAACAUCCUGGAUGCUCCUACCCAUCUCCAGAUGAGCCACCUGGUGCCCCCUGCUGGUCAGCCCAGGAUGGAGCAGGCAUUGCCCGUCAGGGCCGACUACUGCUGCCUGGAUAGCUCAGCUACCAGUAGCGAGAACAGCAGCAAGACCGUUUCACCUUUCACCCCCGCAUCCUCCGACCCAGAAUCAGAGCCUGAAGCCAGCCUGGGCUCCCUCAGCCUGGCUGUAGACUACAACUUCCCCAAGAAGGCCUUGGUGGUGACCAUCGUUGGAGCCCAUGGCCUGCCUGCAGUAGAUGAACAGGGGAACAGCUCCGACCCCUACGUGAAGAUGACCAUCCUCCCUGAGAAGAAGCACCGGGUGAAGACCAGGGUCCUGAGGAAGACGCUGGAGCCGGUGUUUGACGAGACGUUCACGUUCUAUGGCGUGGCCUACAGCUCGCUGCCCGAGCUCACGCUGCACUUCCUGGUGCUUAGCUUCGACCGCUUUGCCCGCGAUGAUGUCAUAGGGGAGGUGGUGGUGCCGCUGACAGAGUUGGAGCCCAGCACGGGGCGGGUGCACAUCACCCAGCAGAUCAGCAAGCGGAACAUGCAGUGUGAGAGCCGUGGGGAGCUGUUGGUGUCUCUUUCCUACCAGCCGGUCUCCCACCGCCUCAGUGUGGUGGUGCUGAAGGCCAAACACCUGCCCAAGAUGGACAUCUCUGGCCUGUCUGGAAACCCAUAUGUGAAGGUCAAUGUGUUCUACGGACGCAAGCGCAUUGCCAAGAAAAAGACACACGUGAAGAAGUGCACGCUCAACCCUGUCUUCAACGAGUCCUUCAUCUACGACGUGCCCCCCGAGCUGCUCCCUGAGAUCUCCGUAGAGUUUGUGGUGGUCGACUUUGACCGUACCACUAAGAACGAGGUGGUGGGGCGUCUGCCCCUCGGCCUGGACAGCCCCUGUCCCUCUGGCUCCGCCCACUGGCGGGAGGUCUGCGAAAACCCCCGUCGGCAGAUCUCAAAGUGGCACAACCUCAGUGAAUACUAGCUCCUCACACCACCUAAUGCAUAUAGUUAUACCUGUGUGUAUAGGGGGAGGUGGAGGAGGGGAAGAGGGGGACUUCUUGCCGAGUGAGUGGCUUUUCCUCAUGCCAUACUUUCUCUUGUGAAUAAUACCAACAAAAAAUGAACAACAUUCCUGGUGGGACUUGUACAGUGGACUUUACAGUGGUUAAGGUUCAACUACAGGAUCGAAUCAAAGUAACAAACAUGCAUACAGAUAAACAUACACAUAUAUAACCCACACCUGUACAGAAUUAUAGAGACACUCAGUCUCAGUAUUAGGUUAAGAGUAAUGAAAAUAAAAAAGUUGUUUGUUAAUCAAAAUAUGACCAUGAUCACACAUUCAAGGCUGUUAUGAAUUAUUGUCUGGCCAUGUUGUAUGAAGUUUAGGCGACGGGAGGAUACAUGCAAAUGCACCCAAAAAAAAGAAUUGUCAGACUUCAAAAUCCUCCCCUUGCCAUUAUUGUACUUCAAUUCAUCGCAUGUCUGAAUUAAACAUAAAUAUCAUCAAAUCAAAUGUACUAAGGAAACAGAAGUAUUUCUUAUAUUGAUAGUGAGAAUUUUUUUCUCUCUCUUAAAAUGAGAAAACCUCAUGCAACCGACUCUCUGUUGCAGUUUCUCUAAAGGAAGGACCAAAUAGGACAGCUAGACAUUUCUACCCAUGAAAUACUUGUUGAAAAAAUUAUAUAAUGUUUUGGGGCCUAACUGUUGUCGUUUAGUGGCAUUACCAUGUUUGAUGACAAGCUAUGUAUCUAACAUGAAAACCAUCAAGGUUUCAAACAAAUUGAUGCUUUGUUGUAAAGACAAAUGUGAUUUCACUGCAAGAUUUUUUAUUUUUAGUCAAUUUUUUGAACUAAUUCAGACUGAAAAGAUGAAUGUAAUAAACAACCACAACAUCAUUACAUGGAUACGUGAUCACAAGAAAUAUGACAACGUCUCAUACUGUGGCAUUAAAAAAGCAUUCACCACAGUGUAAGCGAAUUACUGAAAUAUCACUGCAGCAGGUUAGUCUUAAUACUGUAAUAACCAGGUAAUAACACAUGCUAGUUAGCAGCUUGUAGUGCCAGAAGAUGUUCUUUGAAAGUCACUGAUAUUAUUGUGAAAAAUGGUUUUGACAUGAAGAUUUGUAAAGGGUAAUGUUUUGCUGAGUGGUUUCCAAAAGGUUCAUACAGUAUGUUGUACUAUUUUGGCCUUUGCUGACAUGCUCAUCUUUUAGGGCUCGAUUCAAUCUGAAUCACCGAAGUUCUGCGCUAUAGCGCACUUGAAAUGUGAAGGUAAUUUCCGAUUGAGCUGACAAAUGCAGCGAUUACCGUGAAUGCAGUCUCCGCGAACUUGGGAACAUUACCUUUAAAUUUCAAUCGCGCUAUAGCGCUGAACUCUGAAUUGUGGUCCUCUGUAGCUCAAUUGGUAGAGCAUGGCGCUUGUAACGCCAGGGUAGUGGGUUCGAUCCCCG